CAGGGAAUGGAACCAUGCAAGCCGCCGUGUUUGAUGCUGCCUACAGUAUGCGUCAACGGUGGCAAGCAGACCAAUGCGGUCGACGACCAACCGUCUUCGUCUUACGUCACGCCUUCGGGUUACGGUAGGGAGCCACAGCCUCAUUCUGCGCCUGCCCGAUUCGAAAUCGUUUCGCCAAAGCCGCGAGUACCAGUAACAACCAGUUCGGUCAUCUUUCAUCGUUGGUAUGCCUACCGAGACGAAAGGACGAGUAGCUCGAGUUCCGAUAGUGGGGUGGCUAGUCUACAGUUCAGCCCUCCAAAUCUGCUAGCAGUAGGUACAUCAGUAGGUUCAACAGUGAUGGCAUUGUCACCGCCUGGUCUAUCUCCUCUUCACGUUCAAGACUCAGCAUUUUCUACACCAACACCAUCAAGCAGUACCGCAAACACCAGUCGAUUCACUUUCGAUCACAUACCGUACCGCAAAGAUUCUGAAACGCAGAAAGGAUGCGCAGAGAUCACCAGCGCCUUCGAUCUUCCUUCUUCAUCACGAAAAGAUCCAGAAAAGCUGAAAGAUGUCCUGAAAACCGUAAGACAGCAAGACGACCUAGGAGCUCAUCCAACCUUGCAGAGGAAAGAGUCUGUAAUUCAAUCGACUCGACAAUCUGAGAAGCUUGUCGAUCGUACGGAGUCGCUCCCAGUUCCACAAAAGUUCUCCAAUCAGCUGAGUGUAUCCGUACCUAACACUCCACUGGACAAGGUUUACGCCGGAAAUGCUUUCAAUUAUCUUCUGCUCACAUCGACUGGACAUUCGCUUGUCUCGCCUUCGAUGUCUAGCCCAUUGUCAUCUACGGACUCUUAUCGGCUAGCAGCCUCUCCUUCCUUUGUUGGCCUGUCUCCAACGCCACGAACAGACGGCAGUUCUUCAGAUCUGCAGAAAUCGCCAGCAUCGCUGUCAUCGGAAACGCAAGCCGAGGACGACGACAAGAAGCAGUACUACUGUAACAUCUGCAAAAAGGACUUCAAACGGCCUGACAUACUGUCUCGCCAUCUACGACGUCAUACCGGGGAGAAACCGUUUGGUUGCGAUACUUGUGGGAGAUACUUCUCUCGAUCCGAUCACCUGCGAACUCAUCGCAGGACUCAUACCGAUGAAAAACCUUAUCAGUGUACUAUCUGUCCGUAUGCAGCGAGGCGUCGCGACGUUCUUACUCGACACAUGAGUACGCGACAUCAAGCCAAGGCUGGACUUUCAAUUUUCCAAAGACAUCGUGAUGUUAGAAGAUGUUUGAGCGAUGGCGAUCAUUCGCUCCUUUCUGUCAGCUCACUACCAGGCGAGCCGUCGACACCAAAGCGAAUUCGUCAUACAACUGAUAUUUCGCCUGUCAAUGAGCAACCUGAGCAUAGAGAUCGCACGCAAACCGAGAAGGCUACGGCUCGUGAUCGGCACAUCACUGAGACUUCACAGGAAGAAAUUAUUAUGUCACCAACCGAAGUGGAGGAUGACGUUAUCGUCGACGUUUGUGAGUUGGAAGAAGGCGCUGAUGACGACGAUGAAGAGGUCGAUGACGAAGGCGAUGUAGAAACGUGACCUGUGCAUGAAGUAUGCAGUAUGAAUAACUUUCUAAUCUCAAGCGCUCAGGGCUAAUUCGCAAAUUAAAUUGACAGAUUUCUAUAGUGUUGUGCAUUUUAGGGCAAGGUAAAAAAGAUUGUGUUCGAGUCCGCUAUACUAUUCUGACAAUAGGAACAUCGCAUAAAUGCUGAAUUUUCUAGAAGAUAGAUAAUAAGGUGCUGCUGACUUGCCUUCAUGAAAGAUUCGAGCUGAAUGAUUCUUUGGAUUCGUGUGUUGUUUUUCUUUCGAAUAGCGCCUCCGUAUCCCUCUCCUCAUCUCAUGAUUCACUGAUUGUUUAGAGUACAACUGUUGAGGCACUUAUUUAUCCUUUUAAGAAAAAUACGUAUAGAAUAUUGUCUGUUGAUCUCCAUAUCUUGCUAGUGCCUCAGUUCUUAUCUCGCCAUCCCUUUAAGACUUUCUGUAAUAACUCUUCAAUCCAGAGUACUUCCUUUACUUCUGUAUAGCGACUUUAAAACUCCGAGAUUUUGUUGUGGAGAUUUUUUGAAUGUCAUCUCUGUUAUCUGAGUAGGCAGCACUGCAGUCCAUCGACGAAGAGUACAAGUAUUGUUGAUGUAAUAAUUAUCGUGACGAUGUAGAUUUUGUUGUAGAUAUGUGACUUCCACGAGUACGUCCACGUGUAUAUUGUGCAAUCCCAGUGAAAAUUAAGAUUUGCAGAUCUUUAGAAAUAAAUAUGUG